CUCUGCCAAAAAAUAAAAAAAAAAUUAAAAAGUUGAGCAGCGACUCAGUUCUUUGGCUUGGCAGUCGCAAGCCAUCUAACUUUUUAUUGAAAAGGGGUGGUCUUUGCUAUUUAGUUUUAGUUCCACAGAUAUUCCCUCAUUGGUUUCUACUUUUCCUAAAUAUGGAUGUCCUGUGGGUAGGAAAAAGCUGGGGCUGGGAGCAGAAAAAGGCAAAAAAUCUCCCUGUUCUUUUUUUGUUGUUUGUACAUGUUUUUAAGCAAUUGGGGCUAUCUGGGGAAAAUAGGGCUUGGGUACUCCAUUACAAAACUACUAUGCACGUGAAGUGCGGUUUCAGGUGCAAGUUGUGCAACUUUCUCAGGGUUGCAGGGCUCCUGGGAGAAGACCUGCUCCAUCUGGGUUAGAGGUGGGCAUCAUCAUCUCGCCGUCACCCUGGCAGGUACGCAACCCACGGGAGGUAAACCAGCAGCGUGUCCCUGCUCUGACCACACCAGCCGGAGCCGUCUGCUGGGAUUAGGCCACCCGCAGGGAUGCAGCCGGUAAAAGGCGGCCCUGGUUUCACGGAAGGGUUUAUCAAGCAGGAAGAGCCUGUUUCUCGCCAGGAACAGUUACCAGCUGCUGACUCACGCAAACCUCUGGCACUAAUUAACCGCGGCGGCUGCCAGCAGGAGCAGGCAGAGGGGUGGGAUGGAGACGGGGCUGCGAUUGGUUUGGGGCCGAGGACAGAGGGUGGGAUUUGGUGCUUCUGUGCUCCCCUUUGCGACAUCUGGUGAGGUUCUUCAUAGGUAGGAGCACAGCAGCCUGGCAGGUCGGGUCUCUGGUUCGUAAGCAGGGACUGCUGGCAUUCAGCAUGUCUUUCAUCCAGGUAGAUAAGGAUUCAGAUUUUCCUCUCCAAAAUCUCCCUUAUGGGGUUUUCUCCACUAAGGAGGAGCCUCGGCACAGGAUUGGGGUAGCGAUUGGAGACCAGAUUUUGGAUCUCAGCGUCAUCAAGCAUCUGUUCAAUGGACCAGCUCUUGCCAAACACCAACAUGUCUUUGAUCAGCCCACCCUCAACGCCUUCAUGGGGCUGGGCCCCACGGCCUGGAGGGAAGCCCGGGCCCUGCUGCGGACGCUGCUGUCAGCCGCCGAGCCAGCACUGCAGGACAACGUGGGCCUGCGGAAACGAGCAUUUGUACCUCAGGCUUCUGCUACUAUGCACCUGCCAGCACACAUCGGAGAUUACACGGACUUCUACUCGUCACGACAACACGCCACCAACGUCGGGAUCAUGUUCCGGGGGAAGGAGAAUGCGCUGAUGCCCAACUGGCUGCACUUACCCGUGGGUUAUCACGGCCGGGCAUCUUCCGUCGUGGUGUCUGGGACGCCUAUCCGGAGACCUGUGGGACAAAUGAGACCUGACAAUGAUAAACCUCCAGUGUUCGGUGCUUGCAAGCGUCUGGAUAUUGAGUUAGAAAUGGCAUUCUUUGUGGGACCUGGAAACAAGUAUGGGGAGCCAAUCCCUAUCAGCAGAGCCCACGAGCACAUCUUUGGGAUGGUCCUUAUGAACGACUGGAGUGCUCGCGACAUCCAGAAAUGGGAAUACGUUCCUCUGGGCCCGUUCCUGAGCAAGAGCUUUGGCACAACCAUCUCGCCUUGGGUUGUCACCAUGGAAGCUCUCAUGCCAUUUGUGCUGCCCAACCCUGUCCAGGAUCCCAAGCCACUUCCCUACCUUCAGGAUGAAGAACCCUACACUUUCGACAUCAAUCUCUUUGUUGCCAUUAAAGAAGAAGGAAUGAGCACGCCAACUACUAUAUGCAGAUCCAAUUUCAAGCACAUGUACUGGACGAUGAAGCAGCAGCUGGCUCACCAUUCGAUCAACGGGUGCAACCUCAGGCCUGGCGACCUCCUGGCAUCAGGAACCAUCAGUGGGCCCGAACCUGAGAGCUUUGGCUCCAUGCUGGAGCUGUCUUGGAAUGGGACAAAAGAAAUCCCCCUUGGCAGUGGACGGUCUCGUAAAUUCCUGCAGGAUGGAGAUGAAAUCAUUUUAACAGGUUACUGCCAGGGCAGCGGCUACCGCGUGGGGUUCGGCCAGUGCUCAGGAAAAAUCCUUCCAGCCAUGUCAGGUCCGUGAUGACUGCUGUAAGGUGGUGUCCGAGGAGGAAGAGAAGAAGGAGGAGAAGGAGGACCAACCCCCCCCCCCCCGCCUCUAAUAGACAUGCGACUUUACUCAGAUUUAUUAUUUUUAUAUGAGCGAUUGGAAUCUUACUGUUUUUAAUUAUCAAUAAAUAUCUUCAAGAUGAAUGUGGCUCUGUGGUGUGGUAAGAAAAAGUUUUCAAUGCUAGCUUAAU